AUGAUAAGAUUACCGCAGAAUUUAAUUCUUAAUAAUAAGUUUAUACCAAAAACUUCUUCAUACUAUCAUUAUAAACGGAAAUAUCAUGCUUCCAAAGCAGUAUUAGAGACAUUAGUUGAGCAGCAAAAAACGGAAACUCCAAUUUUUAAAAACAAUGUCAAAUUCAGAUCCCUUAUAUUAGAAGUUUUAAAUACGACUCCUAGUCAAAGGGAGGCAAUGUCAUAUAUUAAACGAUUCACAUUACCUCAUAGAAAACCCCCUGUUCCAUCUACUUCUACUUCCGUAGAAAUUAAGAAAUCAGCUAUUCCCGAAAAUGAUUUAAAGGAAGUUCAACUAGAAAAACCACAACAUUUACCAAAAGAAAAAGAAUUUGUUGAUUCUUUAUUUGAAACUAAAUGUGAACAUAUUGCUUUGAUUAAAGUUCAAGGUCCUUUUACCUCUUUAGAUUUAAAAUCUAUCAGUAAUACAUUGGUUCGCUUACAAAAUUUAGGAUUGAUGCCGAUUGUUGUUUUGGAUAAUGAUGAAUGGAGUGAAUUGUUGAAGCUCGGUCAUUCCCGAUUCAGUGAAUUAACAACAUGGAUGAGGGAAGACAGUGCUAAUGUUUGUGAAGCAUUAGAGAAUGCAGGUGGAAGGGCCACUCCUGUAUAUAGCGGUAUUUUCAAUCUUGCUCAUAAUGAAUCUGAGAAAAUUGAUAAUAUCAAACAGAUUUCAUCAUCAAUCGAUGUAUCAUUAUCAUGGUUAAAUUCUUCCUUAAAACUGGGUCACAUUCCUAUCAUCCUUCCCGUAGCUCUAGAUGAAUUUUCUACGCAAAGAACGAUUCAUCCAAAUUCAGGGAUGAUAGCUCUUUCAAGAUCUUUAUCAAACGCAUGUUUAGAUUUGAAAACUUCAUACCUUGAGCCCAUGAAAAUCAUUGUUAUCAAUUCGGAAGGCGGUGUUCCAUCUGAAGAAAGGAAAGGAUCUCAUGUUUUUAUAAAUAUCCAACAAGAAUAUGAGGAUAUUAAGAGAAGUUAUAAGGAGAAUCCACAAUGGAAAUUCACCCACCCAACGGGUCUUGAAAAUUUUGAAAUGAUAAAAACUUGUUUGGAAGGCUUGCCUUCUACUACAUCAGCAAUUAUGGCUCCAGCAUAUUCCCCUAGAGGACUAAUAAAUAAUCUAAUCACCGAUAAACCAUUAUUUUCAUCAUCUUUACCACUUAUGGCACCUACAACGCCAUCAACAGCUACAACAGUAAUCCGAUAUGGUAUGCCGGUCACUUAUCAUAAUUCACUUUCAACCAUCGACAUACCUUCUUUAAAUUCUCUUAUUGAGGCUUCAUUCGGGAAAAAGUUGGAUACUAAAGGUUUUAUUGAUAGAAUGAAGAAGAGGUUAGAUUUAGUAAUAGUAACAGGGGAUUACCAAGGUGCUGCAAUAGUAUCUAUGGAAGGUGAUGUACCUUACUUAGAUAAAUUUGCCGUAUCGCCUAACAAUCAAGGAAUAGGUAUUGCGGACAUAUUAUGGAAACAAUUGCAAAUAAGAUAUCCGAAUUUGAUGUGGCGAUCACGGUGCAAUAAUGGCGUAAACAAAUGGUAUUUUGAAAGAUCCGAUGGUAAUCAUAGAAUUCCCGGAACUCAAUGGAUGAUGUUUUGGUAUGGAAAUGAUGGUAUUAAUAAGUUAAAAGACUAUGUCGAAACUGCCAAAAAUAUUCCACCCUCAUUUUAA